AUGGAGGGGAGAGGAUGGAAGGACACGACGGUCGACUACAACGACGACGGCAACGAAGAGGAUCGGGGAUCGUGCGAGGACCGAGGGGCGAGGCGGUGGAGGAUCGAUGAAGCGGUUCGUGGUCCUUUGUCGAAGACAGGGUCACGUCAUUCGGCACCGGGGUUCUCGAGAGUCGGUCUGGUCGAGUGGACUCGGGUUCAGGAUAUCGGUGCUUGGGCGGAGCAGCGACAAUGUAGCGGUGGGCGUCGGGGAAGGUUCUCGUGGGCGAUGGGCGUCGUCGGGAGAAGGGUAGGUUUGUUCUUGGAGGGCGAAAAUGAGAACAAGGGGUUUGAGCGAUGGGCGUUCGGACUCUAG